CUUCCUUUAUUCACAUCUGAAUAAUCUUUCUACAUAGUUAUGAAUACGCUACAGUUUUACUUGCUAGUUCUUCUAAUCAUCCUCCAAUAUACAACUGGCAAUGCCGCCGAUCCUGCUGCCAUGAACUACGUCACCGCCUCAUGUAAAACCACCCGCUACCCAUCUCUCUGUGUCCGUUGUCUCUCAACUUACGCUCGUUCCAUCCAAGGAAACGAUCAACUCCUGGCUAAAGCCGCCAUUUCCGUCAGCCUGAACAACGCCAAGUCCGCAGCCGCAUACGUAACCAAACUGUCUCGGUCAUCUGGACUGAAACCGCGAGAGUUUCAAGCCAUGAAAGACUGUGUCAACGGCAUGAACAGCUGUGUGCCGAGCCUGAACCAGUCGGUUCUGGAGCUCGCGAAGAUGGCUCGAUUGACGGGUCAGAAUUUCGAAUGGCACAUGAGCAAUGUGGAAACUUGGGUUAGUUCAGCACUCACAAAUCAAAACACUUGUGCUAGAGGAUUCUCUGAUGGUUCAAUGAAUGGACCUGUGAAAGAUGCUGUGAUUAGGAGGAUGAGUUAUGUGGCUCAACUCACUAGUAAUGCACUUGCUUUAGUGAAUAGGUUUGCUUUGAGGCAUAAAGCAGGUACCCAUUUGCCUUGAGGAUUUAUGGUUAAUUUCUAGCAUUAAAUACCACAUAGAUCAGGGAUUUUUUUUAUGGAAACAACGGUUUUACUUUCUGGGAUAGAGAACACGCCUAUACACAUUCCACCUGUCAACACUUACUUUUGAACGAGAUAUAUUGAAUUAGUUUGAUUUGGUUUAGUUACCA